AUGCGCGACGAGACGUACACUCACAUCGUCGUCGGUGCCGGCUCGGCGGGCUGUGUCGUUGCAGCUCGUGUUGCAGAGAAUAGGAACUUCCGAGUAUUACUCAUAGAGGCGGGCUCGGACUGUGAUCCAGAGACAUGUUCGCCGCUUGCUGGUGUCCGGGACUCCCGGCGUGUGCCGAUGAAGGGCCAGUCUGAGCUCUUUGACCCAGCACUCGACUGGAACAUCGAUGUUAGUAUUCCGGGAGGGCAGUCGAUGCAGAUCCCUCAAGCCAAGGUCGUCGGAGGAGGCAGUAGCAUCAAUGGAGGCACAGCUCUGCGGAAUACGGUGGCUGACUCCGAAGAGUGGGUGCGCAUGGGCAACGAUCGAUGGAACUUUCGAAGUGUCUAUGAAGUGUACCAAAGCCUCGAGGACGAUUCAUAUCGAGGCACAAGAGGACCACAUCCGAUCGCUCGCGCGUCUCGUGAUGAGACUGGCAGGAUUCAGCGGGCAUUCCUAGAUGGGGCUUUGGCAUGCGGCAUGCCGUCAGUACACGAUCUGAAUGCCACUGGUGCAGAAGGUGCAGGGCCGUCGCCAGUUUGCCGGCGUGGCCAGGUUCGCAUUAGUGCCGCAAAUACCUUCAUCGAUCCGAUCCGGAUUCAAUCCAACCUGACCAUCAUGUCGAAUGCGCAAGUCGACAAGGUUCUGUUCUCGGGAACUAAGGCUCGGGGUGUAUUGCUCACAGACGAGAGGAUACUGCAUGUCUCACAAGAGGUCGUCGUGUGUGCUGGGGCCAUUUUCUCUCCUGCCAUUCUGCAACGCUCUGGCGUUGGACCCGCGCCAUUGCUCCAGGAUUUGCAGAUAGACGUUCUCAGCGACUUACCUGUCGGAUGCAAUCUGUCGGAUCAUCCUUGCAUACCAGUUGUGUCGAGACCGAAGCCAGGAGCGUAUGCACAGGGAGACUCGUCGCUGGAAAUGCAGGCGCGGUGGUCUUCGACACGGCAUCCAGGAGCGAUCGACUUGCAAAUGGUCUGCUUCAGCUACCUGUUCGUGCCCGCUGCCGAGACGCAGACAGGCCGCAGUCUUGCAGGCACUGCAACCGGCCAUGUCGCGGGGAUCGGCUGCAAUGUCAAUAAGCCAACGUCGCUUGGAAACGUCACCAUUCGGUCGACUGACGCGAUUGAGUACCCGGUGGUCAACCCUGCCUAUCUCAACACAUCGCAUGAUCGCGAAAUUGCAAGAGAGGUUGUGAGGCAAGCCUACCGUGUCAUAACAUGUCCAGCCAUGCAGGACGUGCUCGAGGAGCCAUUGACGCUGCGCGAAUCCAUUGUCGAAGACGACGCUGCUUUGGACGAAUGGAUCUCGUCACAGCUGUCAUCGACAUAUCAUUUCUGCGGAACGUGCAGAAUGGCUUCGAGACGUGAAAGCGGAGUUGUAGAUCAGAGUGGCCGGGUAUACGGGGUGGAUGGAUUACGAGUUGCUGAUGCCAGCGUCAUCCCGACGGUACCAGCAAGCAACACAAUGUGGACAACAAUGAUGUUUGCGGAGCGUAUCGGCUGCAGUAUACGUGACGCAAUCGACGUUGGUACGGCCUUGCGGGCCUCGCUCUAG